AUUGAGGCACAACGUGCCAUUCAACUCAAGCGGGGCUCAGCUAUUCCAACUGAACAAACUAAUAAGCUUGUAAAUGUUCUUAAUCGAGUGCUUGAUUCAAGUCUCAAAGAAGUGGCUUUCUUAAAGCAAGAACUAGAGGGAGAUCUGGCCGAUCGCCAAAACAAGUCUCAAGGAAAUAAAGAUGAUCUACUUACGCUCGUCUCAGCAAUAACCACGGGUAAAGGACUCAAAAAUCCAUCCACUUCGACUAUGAAAUAA